GGAGCUGCUCCUGGUGAUGCUGCUGGCGAUGCUGGACGUUCUGCGUGAGUCCGACCCUUUGCGGGGCUGUGUGGGUGGGGAUCCCGGCUCGGAGCUCAGCCGCCUGGUGGCCGGUGGGCAGAGGGAUGAGGAUUUGGGGCUUUGUAAGGAGGAGACCUUGGGAGGACCCCGUGCCGGUUGGGUUUGCUCUCAGCAAAUGUUGAGCUCUGCUGCUGGGGGUUGAGCUGCUUGAAGAGCCCUUCUGCUGCCUGCUGCAGUGAGCACGAAUUGUGCUGUUGUGCCCAAUGUGCAAAGUUCCAUUCAGGGACAGCAGCACCGCGGCGUGGGGCAGAGCUGAGCUCCUCCUGAAGCAGAUGUUGGCAUGCAAUAAACAGCGAGCAUGGGCUCCAUGAGCCCUGCAGGUGAGCUGACCUGGAGCCUCCAAUCGCUCCCAUUGCUCAGAGUUCAUAUGGCCAGGCUCGGGUCCAGCAAGCAAUACGUGGACUUUGGUUUAACCUUCAUAAAAGGUGCUGCAUGGCUGCGAGGCAGAGCAGAUUCACAAGUGCCUCUGCACAUCACGGUUCCCCAGAGGGUGCUCUCAAACACAACUGGAGAGAUGGACACGCAGUCCUACAUCCUCUCAGUGGAAGGGCGGCCGUACACCAUUCACCUCAAGCAGCAGUUCUUUUUACCUGCUGAUUUCAGCAUUUACACAUACAAUGAGACAGGAUCGUUGCGCUCUGAUUCACCCUAUAUCAAGGGCGACUGCUACUACCGUGGCUACAUCGAGGGCAUUCCUGGCUCAGCAGUGACCCUCAGCACAUGCAUGGGGCUCAGGGGCCUGCUGCAAUUCCACAAUGCCAGCUAUGGGAUCGAGCCGCUGGGCUCCUCGCCCUCCUUCCAGCACGUGGUUUAUCCCGUGAGCACUGGGGCUGCAGUUGAGGCUCUGCUCCCACACGGCCACCUUGGGGUCAGCAGGGAUGAGCUGGCAGCUGACGGCAGCUCUGACACAGCACAACCAGCUCUGAAACUACUGUCAAGGCACCGCAGAGAGGUGUUGCUCCAUGUGGUUCUGGAAAGGAGUUUGUACAGGCACCUGGGGGACGACCAAUACAUCGUGUCACAGAAGGUGGUUCAGCUCAUCAGCUUCCUCGACAACAUGUUCAGCUCCCUGAAUGUGACCGUGACGUUGUCCUCUAUGGAGGUCUGGAGGUUGAGGAACAAAAUUCAGACCACGGGGGCUGGAGAAAUGGUGCUGCUGCGCUUCUUGGAUUGGAAGAGGAGCAACGCAAUCCUGCGGCACUACGUAGUGCCCUACCUGCUGAUGUACCGGGACCAGGCUGACUUUGUGGGUGCGACCUCUCCGGGGAUGCUGUGCCGCAGACAUGCAUCUGCUGCUGUGGCCGUGCUGCAGCACGCCGUGACUCUGGAAUCGUUCUCCGUCGUCCUGGCGCAGCUGCUGGGGCGCAGCCUGGGCAUGGGGUUUGAUGAUGGCCGGGGCUGCCACUGCCCCACACACACCUGUGUCAUGGAAUCGAGAGCACUACGCAUCGGUGGGGCAAAGACCUUCAGCAGCUGCAGCGCUGCAGACCUGGAGCAGUUCCUAUGGCUAAACCCAGAGUGCCCCUUCCUCAGUGCCCUGCAGUUGCACCCCGACCCCAGAGCCGCCGUCUGCGGCAACGGCGUGGUGGAGCACGACGAGCAGUGCGACUGCGGUGGCGAUGUGGCGUGUGCCGCGGAUGCGUGCUGCACUACGCAGUGCAAGCUGAAGCCCGGCUCGGAGUGUUCCUUGGGACUGUGCUGUGCAAAAUGCCAGUUCAAAGCUCCCAACACUCCGUGCCGUCCCCCCGCCGACGCUCAGUGCGAUCUGCCCGAGUUCUGCAACGGCUCCUCUGCCUCCUGCCCCCCUGAUGUCUACGUGCAGGACGGGCACAGCUGUGAGCACAGCACAGGCUACUGCUACCACGGGCGCUGCAAGUCUGCUGAGCUGCAGUGCCAGCGGCUCUAUGGAAGAGGUGCAAAAAACGCCCCUCUGGCGUGUUAUGAAGAAAUCAACAGUCAUCAGGAUAGGUUUGGGCACUGCGGCAAUCGGCUGCUGGAUGGCUACCAGCCCUGCUCCUGGCCGAAUCUGGGCUGUGGAAAGCUCAUCUGCACAUACCCAAAUCAUGUCCCUUUCACCAAAUUAAAGGGUGCCAUCAUUUAUGCUCAAGUGCAAGAACAUCUGUGUGUGUCUUUUGAUGUAAUGCAUGCACCCAGUGAGGCAGAUCCUCUCCUGGUUAAGGACGGCACAAAAUGUGGUCCUGGAAAGGUGUGCAUGAAUGGCACGUGCCACCCACACUCCAUUCUGAACUAUGACUGCAAUGCAGAGAAAAAAUGCCAUGGGCACGGGGUGUGCAAUAACAAGAAAAACUGCCACUGCCAGCCAGGCUGGAAGCCACCCCACUGCAGCACGCGGGGAUCUGCGCUGGGUGGCAGCACUGACAGCGGGCAGCGGCUGCGGGAAAUGGACAGCCAUGCCCCGAAGGUCUCUCCGAAGGAUAUGAAAAACGCGCUGCUGCUGAGCUUCUGCCUCCUCGUCCCCAUCCUCAUCUGCAUCGUCAUCCUGAUCAUGAAGUGGAGCCGGCUGAUGCGGCGCUGUGCCAGGAGUGAGAUGGAAGCUGCUGACUCCGCCGACGAGGAGAUCAGCAGCAUCGGGAGCAACGAGAGCAGCGGGAGCAGCCGGAGCAGCCGUGCGGGGAUGGAGCCGGAGCCGGAGCGUGGCUCGGGUGCGCUGCGCCCGACGGCUUUGGGUAGGGCUGGAGGGGACACCCGGAGCAGCAGCGGUGCAGUUUCCCUUCUGCACGGACGCUCUUUGAGGCCUCUUGCUUUCCUUGGGAUGCUCUUCCGCCCCUGGGGAGCGCACGAAACCUCAGUUGACGGUGCUCUGAGGCCGGGAGGAGCGGCCACCAAAUGCCGUCGGUUCGGUGCUCGUUCCUCGGAACCUGAGGGGAUGGGACGGGACCACAGCGCUCAGCUCUGGUGCCCGGCGCUGUUUCUGCUCCCUGCUGCUCCCCACACAGCAGGCACCGAGCUGAUGGUGCGGCUUCACUGCUUCCAGCGCGACUGUUUCUAUGAAGGCUACGUGGAGGGUUUCCCAGGGUCACUCGUGGCACUCAGCACUUGCUCCGGGCUCAGUGGGAUCCUGCAGCUCGCCAACACCAGCUAUGGGAUCAAGCCUCUGGAGGCUGCAUCUGGCUACCAGCACCUCGUUUAUCAGAUGGAGGGGGAGAACGUGGGCACGCAGCCGCUGGGAGGAAGCAGCUCCCUCGCCUGGGCUGCAGAGGUGUCCCUACAACCAUGGGAUGGAGCGGCGAAGGAAGCUGUUCCUAAGUCCCCUCGGUAUCUGGAGAUGCACAUCAUUCUGGACAAAGCUCUGUACGACUACAUGGGAGCAGACAAAUACGUGGUGACAACGAAGAUGGUGCAGCUUUUCAGCUACGUGAACAGCGUGAGUGCAUUCAGUUGGGUGGGAGAAGUGCUGCAGAGGGAUGGAAAAGACCCCACACCAAAAGAGUGGGGAGCAAAGUUGCCCCGACCAGCCACUGUUUCUGCCUCUUUCCAGAUGUUCGCUCGCCUCAACCUGACCAUAGUGCUGACUUCCCUGGAGCUCUGGACAGAAAAGAACAAGAUUCAAACCACGGGAGCUGCUGAAGAGUUACUGCAGAGAUUUCUGCAGUGGAAAAGCACACAUCGUACCUCGCAGCUGCAGGACAUAACAUUCCUGUUUGUCUACAGGGAGCAGUCCUAUUCCAUGGGAGCAUCCUCUGCAAGGAAGCUGUGCCUCAAGGACCGCGCUGGAGGAGUAGCUUUGCUUCUGCUGAUGGGAAGGGCCGUGGAGCCCCGGCACACAGACCUCACCCUCUGCUUACAGUCACUCAGCUGGUGCCAAAGCCUUCAGCAACUGCAGCAUAAGAGACUUGGAGCGUUUUCUCACCUCUGGAGAAGGGCAGUGCCUGCUGAACAGGCCACUUGUGAACGUGUCCUACAAAGCUCCAGUGUGUGGCAACAAAGUGGUGGAGCUGGGAGAGGCCUGUGACUGCGGGUCGGCGGAGGAGUGCCGGCGUGAUCCCUGCUGCACUGUGGGCUGUAAGACAAGGAAAGGGGUGCAGUGCCUGUCGGGGCCGUGCUGCUCCAGGUG